AAUCAUCGAAAGAGAGAGAGAACAGCCGGAGUCUUCAAAAUUUUUCCUCGUCUUUCUUCUCUCCGUUCACUUCCGGCUGCUUAAAGAGAGAAGAUAGAGAUACAAAGGUCUCCAAGAGUGAGAGAGGGACCAGACGAAUAGACGAUUGAUCUCCUCCUUCAAUAUAUAUACGUAUACAUCUAUAUAUUGAUAUACACAGAGAUCGCAGAAGUGGGAGGGUGCAUUUUGAUAAAAUGGAUUUGGACCAGUGGAUAGUGAAGGUGAAGGACGGUCAGCACUUAUCCGAGGAUGAGCUUCAGCUUCUAUGUGAAUAUGUGAAAGAGAUCCUAAUCGAGGAGUCAAAUGUGCAACCUGUUAACAGCCCAGUUACUGUUUGUGGUGACAUACAUGGCCAGUUUCAUGAUCUAAUGAAACUCUUCCAGACUGGAGGUCAUGUUCCAGAGAAGAAUUAUAUUUUUAUGGGAGAUUUUGUUGACCGUGGAUAUAAUAGUCUAGAAGUUUUCACUAUUCUUUUGCUCCUUAAAGCAAGAUAUCCAGCGAAUAUUACUCUUUUACGUGGAAACCAUGAAAGCAGGCAACUGACUCAGGUUUAUGGUUUCUAUGAUGAAUGCCAAAGAAAGUAUGGAAAUGCCAAUGCUUGGCGGUAUUGCACUGAUGUGUUUGACUAUCUUACUCUCUCUGCGAUUAUAGAUGGAACAGUACUAUGUGUCCAUGGUGGGCUUUCUCCUGAUGUUAGAACUAUUGAUCAGAUCAGGAUCAUUGAACGUAAUUGUGAGAUACCUCAUGAAGGGCCCUUCUGUGAUCUUAUGUGGAGUGACCCUGAAGAUAUUGAAACAUGGGCAGUAAGUCCUCGUGGAGCAGGAUGGCUUUUUGGAUCCAGGGUUACAUCUGAGUUUAAUCAUAUCAACAAGCUGGAUCUAGUUUGUCGGGCUCACCAACUUGUCCAGGAAGGUCUAAAGUACAUGUUUCAAGACAAAGGACUUGUGACUGUGUGGUCAGCCCCUAAUUAUUGCUAUCGGUGUGGAAAUGUAGCUUCCAUUUUGAGCUUCAAUGAGAAUAUGGAGCGUGAAGUGAAGUUCUUCACUGAAACUGAAGAAAACAACCAAAUGAGAGGACCUAGAACGGGAGUUCCGUAUUUCUUAUGAGCUAAUUUUCUUACAUUGGUUAUUGCAAUAUAUUUCUGCACCUGAUUCCACUUGUCUGGAAUGAGAUAUUUGUCAGGUUGAGGAAACCUGAAUAUAUGUGGCUUGGUGUUCUAACAAGAUGGUUUAUGCACCAAAGCUCGAUGCCGUAACCUUGCCAUGUCUGAAUAGUUUGUGCCCUGUAGGGUGUAGCAAAGAUAGUGUCAAAUAUUUGUUUCCCUUCUGUUUCAUAGUUCUAUGUAGCGUGCUAUAUUUUGGUUCUCAUUGUUAUCAGUAUAAACACUUGAGAUUACCUGCAGUCAUUUGGUAUGGCCUCUCAGUCUAUUUUAGUUUUGACUAAAUAUAGCAGUUUUUGAUUUAUUGGAUAGUUUAUUUAUCCGUUUUAAACAAUAAUGCAUUUUGGUGUUUGGUUUUGUC